AUGAAUAGUUAUUUAAUAAGUAAGUACUCUCAAUCAUCUCAUUAUCAUUAUAAAAAAGGAAUAAAUGACAUUUUGGAAGGAAAAAGAUGUUAAUUGCUAAUCAAACUAAAAGAUCUAUAAUGUUAUGACACACCCCAAGAACACUUAACCAAAUAUUAUCACAUUAAUCAGUUAAGAGAUAAAUUACAUAUGUUGGGAGAAUACUACAAAUAUCAUAAUGACAUACCACGUUUAUUUAUGAUUCCUGCCAUCAUCCCCUUAAACUAUUUUCAUGAUCGCAAAAGAAGACUUGCAUUUUUUAGAAUUGCACGCUUGAUUGCACAAGAAAAUCAUAACAACCCUGACAAACCACAAAAAGGAAUCGUAGGUGAUUCACCCAUCCCCUUGACAAGCGAACAAAUCACACCACAAGAUCCUAGCUCUUCAGAUGAAAUCCUCUCUAAAAAUGAUAAAAUCCUAUAAGGAAUCAGUUUCUUAAUUUAAGAACCCGAUUCAAUAGAAAAAAUAAAACAAUAAAUUUAGUCGAUGAUCAAAUUAAAGAAAUAGCCAAAUACUUCCUCCACCAAAAUCAAUAGUAUUGGAAGUAACACCACCACCAGUAAAUCUAAUAAGUAAUCCAUUCUAAAAUAAACCAAAUAAACAUAACCACAAAAAAGUAAUUCUCCCUCACUCAAAAUCCAAUCCGCUUCCAUUCAACUCAUUGAUGUCGCCUCACCCAGAGACUAAAAACCAUCCAAACACAUUUCCCCCAAUAAUUUACAAUAAUUCACCAAAAGCAAACCAAAAUCACCCUCAGUCAAUAUGGCCUCCCCAGUCCAACAAUUCAUUAAACUAUCAGCCAAAAUGAAGCAAUCAUUCAAUAAACAAUAAUGUAGCAGUGCCAGAAACAAUACCAACAUCCCAAAUAGUGCUAAUUAAAGAAAGAGCAGUGUUACUCAUAUUCUAAACAUUCUCAAGUCACCAAACAAAAACAGCUCUCAUUAGAUCCAACACAUUUCAUACACUCCAAGAGAUUAGGAAUCCAAAAGAAGUUUUAACAAUAAAAAGGUUCAUCAAUUAGAAUUGCAAGUGAUGUCUGAUCUUUAGAGCUUAUUGCAAAAAAAGACUUGUCUAACUCAUCGUAGUUCAAUGACCACUAAAAAUUAAAUUAAGAAGAAACUCAAUACUAGAGAAUUAAAUUAAUUUAAGUGCGUGAGGUUGCCACUAUCCAAUAGAGACAAUAAUAAUCAACAAAAAGAAUGA